GCCGGGCGGCGGGCAGUCCGGGAGGAGUAGCUCGGUCCGUGCGCCCCGUCUCGCUCCCGCUGCCAUGGCCGCGCCCGGCGAGGCGCUGCCCGCGCAACAGGAUCUUCUGCUGGCGGCUGCUUUUGUUUGCGAUGCUCAGUAUAACAGGAAUAUUCCAUUUGAAACAUCGCCGCAAGCAGUCAGACUUUAUUAUCUCUACAACCAUUGGACUAUGCAAGCAGCCACCUACUUCUUCGUUUUUGUAAACCUUUCCCUUGCUGUGUUUGAAGACCCUGCUGUGUACCCACUUCCAUUCUUGGCCACUUCACUGGUUGAGGUCUUAUGUCUUUUAGUAUUCUUUAGUCGACUGUUGCACUUUGCAAAAGUCACUCCACGCAAUAUAUUCUGGAAGGAUGCAAAGAAUAUCUGCCUUAUGUUGGCAAUACUGGUGACCUUAACUGACCUGAUUAUCCAUGGGACUCUUAAAAUCUGCAACAUAACCAGUGUCAGAUACUCAAGGAUCAUGAGGCCCAUCUUCUUAGUAAACUUUACAGAGAGUCGCCAGAUGCGGAGAGCAUUCCGUAGCAUCCGGAACACACUGCCAGAGAUCACGUAUGUCUUCCUGCUCUUCAUGUUCAGCGUCCUCAUGUUUUCUCUCAUGGCUCUGAAGUUAUUUGGUGACAGGAAUCUCCAGACGGUGGAAGGAUCCCCGUAUUUCACAAACUACCUAGAAAUUGUAUUUGACCUGUAUGUGCUGGUAACCACAGCUAACAGCCCUGAUGUCAUGAUGCCAGCAUUUGACUUCAGUUGGUGGUACUCCCUGUUUUUCAUCACCUAUGUUAUAAUCAACACCUACAUCUUCAUGUCUGUCUUCCUGGCUGUUGUGUACAACAAUUACAGAAAACACUUAAAGAAUGAGAUUCGUAAACUUGCCUACAUGAAGCGUCACAAGAUGGUAGAAGCCUUCAACAUCCUGAAGGUCAAGGAAGGCUCAGAAUUUGUUGUUAAAGAAUCCCAGUGGAAGCAGGUAGUCAAGCUAGUGGCCCCAGAGAUCAGCACUUCCCAUCGAGAGCUCUUGCUGAGAAUCUCAGAUGAUGAGCAGAAAGGUUAUGUGGACAAAAAGUCAUUUGUGCGUCUGGCAGACCUUCUGAACAUCCAGGUGAUCACAAUGAAAAUCCGAAGCCAUCCUCUGGAGCAUUGGUUGCCCCAUGUCUAUAACUCUGCAGCAAGCAGAUUUCUGCGCAGCAUGGUUAGACACAAGAGAUUUGUUUGGACUUAUGAUGUGAUCAUUUUAAUAAAUGCUAUAUUCAUUGCCUUGGAUGAGGAAAACCCACUGAUUUCGUACGCAGAGUGGGCUUUCCUUUCUCUGUAUAUCACUGAGAUACUCUUGAAGCUGUAUACUUAUGAACCCAGGACAUUCUUUGCAAAGAACCAGUUUUGGAACUGGUUUGACACCUUAAUCAUCAUUGCUGCUCUGGUAGCUACAAUACUCAAUGCUGCAUUCAAAUCAACAAGUAAAUACAACGGUCAGCAGGUGUUGGAUAUUGUCUUCAUACUGCGAGUCCUCAGGCUCAUAAGGAUUGUUGACAGCAUUCAAAGGUUCCGGGUUAUCAUGAACACACUAAUAAACAUUGUGCCUACAAUGCUGACAUUUGGCGGGCUGGCUUUGGUGGUAUACUACAUGUUUGCUAUCAUUGGUAUGGAAGUGUUCCAAGGAAAAAUCCAGUUCUUUGCAGCAGGAUCCACUGACCCUCAUGCCUUGGAAUGUGGAAACGUGGCCUUAAAAGAUUCUACGUUUGCUAGAGCAAAAUACUGCAAGAACAACUUCAAUGAUAUUGCAUCUUCAUUCAUUGUUCUGAUGGAGCUAACGGUCGUUAAUCAGUGGCAUGUUCUUGCUGGUGGAUUUGCACGUGUAACUCAUCAGGCUGCAAAGCUGUACUUCAUCGCCUUCCACAUUGUGGUGGUUAUUAUGAUUGUUAACAUCUUCAUAGCAUUUAUUCUUGAAGCUUUCUUCGUUGAGUAUUCACUUGAAAAGAGUGAAGUAGAAACGGCCAUUGAGAAGAAAAUUCAGGAGCUGGGAGUAGGAGUCCAAGAGGAAGAGCUACUGGAUGGUAAGCUAAUAGACAACAUGGAGACUACUGAGAACAACCUUGAAGGGGAUGGAAUAAAGACAUCUAGAGGGCUUGUCUUUAAAAUUGCUUCUAAAAGGUAUAGGACAGUUGAUGCAUUGCUUCAGCGUAUGUUUGAAGCAGAGAUACCUUCGGAAGAUGAAGGCCUUUCAUUCAAUGAGAUUUUGAACCUUUCCCCUGCUGAUGUUUACCCAAAGAGUCCCACCUUUGAUAGUGCUGCAUAAAUGAGAAUCCCCAGCACCAGCAAAAGAAACACAAAUUCUUGGAUGUCAUUUGAAACAUUUGACCUCUGACUGUCUUCGUCUAAUACAGUUCUGACGCACA